ACGGCGCGAGCGACGGCUGGGGCUGAAAGGGUCGGGGCGCGGCUGCGAGGCCCAGCUCAGGUCUGUGGGUCUAGGGCCUGGAGUGCGAGGCACCCGUGCAGGAGAGGGAGGGGCAGAGGGUGCCUUAGUACUGCCCUUUUUUUGCAUUCAGAAGAUGGCCUAGCUGCGCGUUAGAGAGGUUUGCAUUAGCUCCGAGCCUGUCUGACAAGUGAGGAAACUGAGGCCGAGAAGUGGGAGGCCUUGCCAUCUGCUGGGCCACGCCACCUGCUAAGGGGAAGCCGGGGACCAAGACCUCGGGGUCUGCGCUCCCUGGCCCGCUUGAAUCCGUGGGCGUGAGGAGCAAAGGCCCUGCUCUUUCUUUCCCUGUGGGAGGCUGCAGCAGGCUCCCUGGGGGAGGAGCUCGGGACGCAGAGGAGGAGCCAAGGCAACCCCAGGAGCCGGGACGCAAUCCUUUGGGAUUAGAGGCAGAGCCCAGGAGGAACCCCGUCAGCCAGGCGGGCAGAAAGCACCCGGCGCAGCCUCAUGGAAGACAAGCAGAUCCUGUGCGUGGGGCUGGUGGUGCUGGACGUCAUCAAUGUAGUGGACAAGUACCCGGAGGAGGACACGGACAGCAGGUGCUUGUCGCAAAGAUGGCAGCGCGGAGGGAACGCAUCCAAUUCCUGCACUGUCCUGUCCCUGCUCGGAGCCCCCUGUGCCUUCAUGGGCUCGCUGGCCCCGGGCCACGUUGCCGAUUUUGUCCUGGAUGACCUCCGCCGCUAUUCUGUGGACCUCCGCUACACAGUCUCUCAGACCACGGGCUCUGUCCCCAUCUCCACGGUCAUCAUCAGCGAGACCACUGGUAGCCGCACCAUCCUGCAUGCCUACAGGAACCUGCCAGAUGUGUCUGCUACAGACUUUGAAAAGGUUGACCUGACCCGGUUCAAGUGGAUCCACAUUGAGGGCCGGAACGCGUCGGAGCAGGUGAAGAUGCUGCGGCGGAUAGAGCAGCACAACGCCUCGCAGCCUCCGGCCCAGAAGAUCCGCGUGUCUGUGGAGGUGGAGAAGCCCCGGGAGGAGCUGUUCCAACUGUUUGGCUAUGGAGACGUGGUGUUUGUCAGCAAAGAUGUGGCCAAGCACCUGGGGUUCCGGUCAGCGGGGGAGGCCCUGAGGGGCCUGUACGGGCGUGUGAGGAAAGGGGCAGUGCUUGUUUGCGCCUGGGCUGAGGAGGGCGCCGAUGCCCUGGGCCCCGAUGGACGGCUGCUGCACUCGGACGCCUUCCCUCCGCCCCGGGUGGUGGAUACUCUGGGGGCGGGAGACACCUUCAACGCCGCAGUCAUUUUCAGCCUGUCCCAGGGGCACAGUAUGCAGGAGGCGCUGAGGUUCGGCUGCCAGGUGGCGGGCAAGAAGUGCGGCCUGCAGGGCUUUGACGGCAUCGUGUGACCGCCCUGGGGCGGGGUGCCCUGGCUCAGAGCACCCCCUCCCUGGAGGCUGGCGCCUUCCCAGCCACCACUGCCUUCUUCCCCACUCCAGGCAGCCCGGCAUCUG